GUCACUUGGCAUAAAUAGAAAAUAGACGUUUUGGCUGGAAAUCCAAGAAGAGUUUUCAUUACAUCUGGAUCACCAUGUCAGAACGAAAGGUUUUAAAUGUAAGUGCACCUUACAUGUGUUCCUUGAUUUAAUUUGAAUGAAUUAUCGCGAUAGAAUAUAACUCACAUAGGUGAAUAUAGGAAGGGGGCCGGGCUGCCAGCAUUUUAAGGCUGGCACUGGUGACUUAAGUUGGUAAAAAAAAAAGUAAAAUAAACAACAUUACAACCUCUAAAACAAAGUUUUUAAUAUAAAUCCUUUAUAAAAUGAUAUAAUAUCGAUCAAGUAUUUGACAAUUAGUGCUCCCCCACCCCUUGCAAUUGCACAUUUUUUUCCAUGUCACUGAACUAUAUUGACAUAUAAAAUAUUCUAAUUAACCAUCCACUUUUACAAAACAUUUAUUUCACAGUCACAUUCAAUUUAAGAAAAAUAAAAUAAAAUAUUAAGUACUUGUGAUAUUUUUUAAAAAAGAAUCUUGGUAAAUUGGGUCUAUACGCACCAUGGUGGUUUCACAUGGCCACCAACUUGGUUGCCAUGACCUGUGAAAAAUAAUGGGUUAUGAGUACGACAACCUGAAUGGCAGCCAUGGCCAUGUAAAGCAAAAAAAAGGGGAAAAAUUCAACAAAUUAAAAGGAAAAACUACAAAUUUCAAUGAAAUAAUUUCAACCGGUACAUCAAUUUUGUGAAGAGCAAAGCUACUUUAUUGUAUCCCUAUAGGUAAAAAAAUAAUGAAAUCCCAAAUUAAAGUCUCAGAGAAUAUACGUUAAUACACUUUAUUUCAGGUUCUUAUAAAAAAAAAUUCCAUAAGUUGUAAGAAAAUCAAGAAAAGACAAUAUAUACCCAUUUUCCAAAAUGCCGGAAAUGUAAAUAUUAUAAUUAACCAAACAAUGAAAUUUUAAUUCAAAACAUUCCGUCAUCGUAACUAAAGAAAGGUUAACUCUAGUAACAACACGAGAAUAAACAAAGGGGAGUGAUUCUUACAAGAUCUUAUAAAAAUGUCAAAAUCUAACGCUCAACAGUUGGGGAUGCAUUUCCAAAACAAACAGAAAUGUAGUUUUCUCCAUUUUUGCAUUAUUGGCGUUCAGCUGAAGAAAGAAAUAAUUAUGUAAAAAAUGUACGUAAUACAGCACAGAAUCAAACGUGGUGGUGUUCUUUUAUGUCACAAAUCUGAGACCCCCAACACAGAAUGUCAGUCAUCUACUUUGGGAAGUGACCUUCAUUAGACAUGCGAUGCGAAUAGUUAUUGCAUACAUUAUACUGUAGGUUUACUUAUUUACCAUUUCAAUGUGGUAUUGUACGUUUUAAGAUGGUAAAGUACUGUUCUGAUACUAUAUUUUAGUAUUUUGAUAGUUCCCCAAGUCUGCCUAUAGAAUGUUUUUGAUUGAUAGUUUCUUAUCAAUAUUUCAUAGCAUGGUAAUUUUAUUUCAAAAUGAGGUUAUUUUGCUGGUCUGACCAUUUGAUCAUUUUGAAAAAUGGAUUUUGACUUUUCUGACAGCUUUUUAAUAAGUGUGUAUAAGUGUAUUUGAUGAAACUGCAAGUUGGGUUUUAUUAUUUGAAUAUUAACAAUUUUUUAAAAUUAUUUUAAAAUUCAUUUUUAUGCUUUUCUCCUAACACUGUACAACUGUAGCACACAUGUUUUAAUUAAAGAAGGAGGGACCGCAGGUCAUUGAGACUUCUUGCAGCAUAUCGAAAGGAAUACAAUAAAGUUGUUACGUUUCUUCCAUGGUUCUGUGGUCUUUAUCUCUUUCCAUUAACCUGUACAUUUCAUGACAGACGAUGUCUAGUAAUGUAUUUCUUGCUUCAUAUGAUCCCUUCAUGAUAUUUCCCAUAUGUUUGUAGGACUUUCAUUGAUAUAAAAUGUGUAAUAGGCAGUGUAAAUAUGUUGUAUAUAUUUUGCCAACAGAAAUACUACCCCCCAGAAUUCGACCCAUCUAAGAUUCCUAAGCUUAAACAGCCCAAGAAUAGAACAUUUAGCAUUAGGAUCAUGGCACCUUUCAAUAUGAGGUAAGAACAAAUUGACAAAUUUUCUGGGAACGUAUUAUAUAAUCAUUUAUGAGGGUUUAACUGACACAUCAAAGUCCCCUGACGUGCUGCUGAUUUUUGAAAAGCAUUGAAAUAAAUUGAAAAUCAUCUCUGGCACAAAACUUGAAUUCCUUAUGUUGGAUUAAUUUUUUUUAAACUGAAACAUUCACUAACCAUAAGUAAAAGAAAAAAAUCCUUUUAAAAAAGACAUUUUACCUAUUAAAAAUUAGUCUCCGUCACAUUUACUUUUUUAUUUUUAAAUUAUAGUUAAAUUUAAAAUAUAUUUUACAGAUGCAACACAUGUGGAGAGUACAUCUACAAAGGGAAAAAAUUCAACUCCCGAAAGGAAAACGUUGAUGAUGAAGACUACCUUGGUUUGCGCAUUUUCAGAUUUUAUAUCAAAUGCCCAAGGUGUGUUGCUGAAAUAGCAUUUAAGGUAAUAAUUUAUUUCGGAAAUUUAAAACACAUUUGUAGGACAAUUUAAAAAAAUUGAAUACAUGUUUUUCCUUACUUUAAAAUUGGUCUUAUUCCUCUUGAGAACAAGCCAGAAAACAUCCAAUAAUCCAUUAUUGCUUAUUUUUAAAAAAUAACUUGCUUUUUAGAUAUUUAAAAAAAUGUCUUUGGUGAUUUUUAAAAAUAUAUUUUUGAUCAUUUUUAAAUAACUAUCUAAAUGACUUCUUUUGGUGAUUUUUUAAAUAUACAGACAGAUUUGGCAAAUACAGACUAUGCCCUUGAAGCAGGAGCUACUAGGCUGUUUGAAGCAGAGAAGCUGGCUCAUCAAAUGGCAGAGAAAGAAAGAAAAGAAAAAGAAGAGGAUGAAUUGAACCCAAUGAAAGUAAGCCAAUUUUUAAAAAAAAUUAAAUACAAGAUUCUUGUCUUGAAUUUGACUGUGUUUGGAUAAUCUAAACGAUUUCAACUCCUGGUAAUCAAAGCUUAUAAUUCUCUUCACACAAUGACACUAUUAAAGGGCACACACUUGCAUAUUCUGAAAAUAAAAUGCUAUUCCAAAGGGUAUAUUUCCUAACAUUAGUUCUAAACAGACAUACAAGAAUUAUCUAAUUUGAAAUUAACUCAUCCCAGUUGUGAUUUCCAUAUAGAAAAAUAUUUAAAAUUUCACUAUUUAAUAGCAGGAAUCUAUGGAAAACCUCUUGAUGUUUUCAUUAAGAUUUGCUUGAGAUGCACUUUAAAAAUUAUAUUUAAAAAAAUUGUAUUAUUUAAAACUGAUGCUUCUAUAAUUCCAUUUGAAUCUCUUUGACAAUACGAUAGUUUCAGUUUAGAGAAAUCCAUUCCAGAGAGAAGGACAAACAUCAAUACAGAUGACUAUCAGACAAAUUUUUUUACAUAGGAAUCAAAUAAAAAUAGUUUAAUCCAUUCCCAACCCAGAAUUUUGCCUCUUAAUUCUUUGUUAAAAAAAACAAAACAUAGAUGUAAGUGGUAAAUGUGUGUUCCCCACUUACCCAAGGUCCAUUGUUCUACAUGAAGCAGUGAAAAUAACAAUGAUUUUUGUUAAAAGUUUUUAUUUCCUAGACUUUUGUUUGGUCGGGGAGUCACCUUCCUCUGCAUCUGCCUCUUUGUACAAAAUUUGUAACAAUAAACAAGGGACUCAACUCUAACAUAAAUUUUAAAAAAUAUUAACUACAAUUCAAUACAAAAAACAAAUAAAUAAAAACUGGUUCCAGAAACCAUGGACACAAAUUUCUUUUAAAGUUGCUGCAAAAAACUCGUAGAUAUUUAAAAGAAGUGAAGUAGAACUUUGAAUCACUACCCGAAACUGAAUGGUUCACAGGGUAUCGAAUUUUUGGGCGAAUAUCAAGCGAAAAUUUGUACACAAAAACAAGACUGAUAAAAAAAAAAGAUGAGUAGUGACAUGGACGAAUAUGGAGGGUUCACUGUUUAGUUUAUAAGGAGAAUAAAAUGCUCAAUUUCAUGCUGUAUAGGUGCUUGAGAAUCGCACCAAGGCCAGUCGUAAUGAGAUGGAGCAGCUUGAUCAGCUGGAAGAGCUACGUGAAAUGAAUGCUCGUCAUGCUAAAGUAGACCAUAUAACCAUGCUGCAACAGCACAUGGCCUAUGAAGAACAGCUUCUCAAGCUUCAGGAGGAGGAGGAAGACAAACUUGUUCAGUAGGGAACAAAUUUAAUUACUCUUUUUAAGUUUAAAAAAUCUACUGGAACUCAUUUAUUUAUAUUUAUUAUUAUUAUAUUACGAUGUAAUAAUUUUAAUUAUUAAAAUAUAAACACAUUUUUUUUAAAAAAAAAGAGAAAAGUUUUAAUGAUUUUUAGAACAGCAUGGGAUAAAUUACAGGUCCCUUUAUUUGUUAUUGUUGUAGCCCUACAGUAAAUAAGUACUUUUAGGUGAUGAUGAUUGUGAUUUAUGUAUAAAAUAUUAACAUCUUAUUGAAGUGUUUCUUUUUGAAAUAUAACCACAUUACGAUUGUUUUGAAAAUAGUUUUCUCAACCAUUUUAUAAUUGAUAUUUGUUGUUUAUCUUGCCAUUGAUUUGGUUUUAUUGAUAUUUUUUAUCAAAUAUGUUUAAGUUUAACUUGGAUGUAUCAGUGAUAAAUCAUGCAUGCUUCCAAGCCACAGGGCCGCCAAAGCUGAUAUGUCAAUUCAAAGAAUAUAAUUAGAUUCCCAUUUGAAUAAUUCAUGAUGCCUUCUUUGCUUUUUGUUAACAGAGAAAUUCUCAGAAAAGGGGCAACACUUAAAACAGUCAGGAGAAUUCAUGAGGAUGACAGUGAUGAGGAGAAAUCACUUCAGGCCAAAAAAGCCAGACAAGAAACAAUCACCACUGCCAAGCCUACUGAUCUUUUAGCUGUAAGUUUUUUUUUAUGUAUCAUAUUUCAAUUGAACUGUUAAAAAAUAUCCAUUCUUAAACAAAGUUAUUUAAACUCAUUCUGAAAAUUGAAUUCCCUUGCCCACACCAUAAAGUAGUUUCCCAGGUAACUUGUGGGCAAUAAUAUAAUAUGAUUAGCUGAAAUUUAAAGAAAGUACGGUAAGUUUAUUACAUUCUCCAUAUCUCCAAAACUCCAUUUAAUGGCAUCAGAGGGAGCUAUUUAGGAUCUUUUCUGGGAAAACACAUAAUCACCUCCACUAAGUGGAAUAAGUAUUUAUAUUUUUUAAAAUGAUAAAACUAUUUUAAUAAAGUGCAGCUGGUAUUUGCCGUUUGUUAAUUUUAAAAAGUAAAGCUUUUCCUUCUGGUUUCAGUUUUUAAAAUAUGUAUUGUGUUCUUUCUCACAGCUGGAACAAUACAAUACAGAUGAGAAAAAAAACGAGUUUCGUCUGCAAGGUACAGGAUCUUAUUCAACCAAGGCAGCACUAUCUGGUCUAGUCAAAAGAAAGACAGUGCCCAAAACAUCUACUUGCGGGUCCACACAGUUGCCCUCAAUAUCUGAUGUGAAAUUGGAGCUCACAGCUUCACAUGAAACAAUGAUGGGAGUCUUGAAAGGGGUUAUUAAAGAAGAAGAAACAGUCACAGGGGGUGACGGCGGUACAACGAUUUCUUCCUGUGGGCACAUCAGUGAAGAUACUAAACCAACAGUUAGUUUGGGUUUAGGACUUUUGGGUGGCUACUCUGGGUCUAGUAGUGAGAAUGAUGACUGAUUGCAUGUCUUUAAGUGUUGAUUUGUUUUAGAUUUGUCAGGACUUGUUUGUCAAGUGUCACAGACUAAAUAAAUUUGUGAGCUCCAUUACAUUGACACAAACAUGAUAAGAUGUGCUGCACCAUUGUAAGACAGAUGAAUGUACCUGCUGAAAAUAAUUUAACUUUGUUUGAUGAACUUGCUUCUAAAAUCGGGAAAAAGUUACCACUGCAAAUUAUCAAAUAAUCUUUGAUCGUAAUUCACUUUUAAGAUCAGUGAUAUUUAUUUUUCCAAAUACUGGAAGAUAGUUCUUAUCUGAACAUUCUUGUACAUUGUGUGUAUGUAAUAUUUUAUGUAUUUCACCCGGCAUUUUUAAUUAUUACUAUCAAAAUGCUGUAUCUAUAAAAAUAUAUAUAACUUAGAAAACAAAAUUGGCUUCUGUUGAUAUAUUUUCAAUAAAGAAAGAAAAUACAUGUUACUGUAU